CAGGUCUCGAGAUUUUAAAUAUUUUAGUCGAUUGAUAAACCGAAGUUAUAAGGAGACCGUAACCAUUUUGAUCUAAUCUCUUCUACCACUUUUCAGUUUUCGCUUCAUUGCUCUUGCAAUUCUCAAAGGGAAGAACCCUAUUAAAUUUGUUGGAGAAAUUAGAGGAGUUGUGCUUGGAAUUGAUCAAGGAUUGGUGCUGUGAACAUUUAAUGGACUGGGAAUGAGAGAUAUUAUUGGUCAGGCAGUCGCGUGCAUCUCAUCAUGGAGAAAGGAAAUGGAUGUUGCUUCUCCAUAAUGACAAUGCCUAAUCUUAUUGUCGUCCUCAUCGCCAUUAUCGUCAUCUUUGUUAUUCGUAUUUUGUUCGUUAUACAUCAAAGCAGGAAACCUCUUCAUAACUUACCUCCAAAAGCUGUCAGCACCCUAAUUGUUCUAGGUUCAGGCGGUCACACGGCUGAGAUGAUUAAUCUCAUUCGUGUGCUUCAAAUGGAAAGGUUUACACCGCGAGUCUAUGUAGCAGCUUCAACUGAUAAUAUGAGUCUUCAGAAAGCUCAAGUACUGGAAGCCUCUAUGGUUGAUCAGGCAGGUCCCAACAAGCUAAGGGAAACAGCUCAGUUCAUGCAAAUUUACCGAAGUCGAGAAGUAGGUCAAUCAUAUUUAACAUCAAUAGGGACAACAGUAAUUGCUUUGGUCCAUGCUCUAUUCUUGAUGAUAAAAUUCAGGCCUCAAGUGAUCCUAUGCAACGGCCCCGGAACUUGUUUUCCUCUCUGCGUAAUUGCGUUCAUAUUUAAGGUACUUGGGAUUAGAUGGUCAUCCAUAUUUUAUGUUGAAAGUAUCGCAAGGGUGAAGAGGUUGUCUUUAAGUGGCCUUCUUCUUUACAAGCUGCAAAUCGCCGAUCUCAUUUUUGUCCAAUGGCCUCACCUACAAAAGAAAUAUCCCCGAACUCACUACGUUGGUUGUCUCAUGUAGUAAUGGUUGAAUGUCUAUUGCCCAUAAUAGGUAUUUGUCUCACACCGUACACUUCCUUCUUUCAGCAAUCUGGUUUAAUCAUUACCUAGAUUCUACUGUAUUUUUCCUUUCUGUUUCUUCGAGUACACUAUGAAAUAAGCAACCUUUACACAGAAUUUGAUCAAAAGAAAAAAAUUAGUUGGAUUUGUUAUUGUCAAUAUAUAAUGCUGGGUAGUGCACACCAUGUUUCCAUA